AUGUCGUGUCGAUACCUUCCUUUCGAGGUUCUAGAUAUCAUCUUUCGUGAUCUCGGUACCGAGGGAUUCCGUAAUAUCAAGAGCAAUGGAUUGACCAUCUGCAAGGACUGGCGCUACAUGAUAGAGCCCAUGAUCUAUGAGAAACUUCAUGUCACCCCAUUAGCAUUCCUCAACAUGCCCGCCAGCAGCCUUGCGAAAGUUCAAAUUUACACCGAAUGGCUUAUCAUCAAAAAGGAGAUCACCGUCGAAGAUAUCCCUCUCAGCCGUGGUAAUGAAACUCCAGCUGAAACGACGAAUACCCUCGCCGACCGUUUCAGUGAAUUCGCUAAUUUUCUCGCCGGCUGCACCAAGUUGCGAUCCUUCUCCCUUCAUCUCGUGGGUACCCUUGCUCCAUCCAACUUCUCCAACCAACUGCUGUCCUGGUCGAAAUCUCUCGAUAUGAUUCAAUCCUCCUCCAUUGAGAGGCUGGAAAUCAAUUCACUUGGAAGCGGCAUCAAUCCUGGAAGAGAAUUCUGUCGCAAGCUCUCGGCUAUUAUUCCCAAAAUUCGACAUGUGUCUCUGAAAAUGCAGUGGAUCUGUGACGAAAUCUUCGGAUUCGUUGAUACGAGACGCCGAGAAAAUCCCGUCAACGCCAAGCUCGAGCUCCUUGUUAUCAGCUUGGUGAGCACGGGAAAUGGAUCUACGGCUGAUGUUUUGAGCUGCCCAUGUUCUGGACUGACAGUGGAGCCCGAGUUUCCUCUGUUUCGCCACAUCGAAGAACGUGCCAAAGAUGUCAGCUGGACUUUCCGUAAGAUCAAGGAGUUGUGGGUGGUUUACGACUUGUGGCCGGGUAAGAUCAGAGCUCAUGAAGUUUGUGGCAGUAGGUGGUUUGAGUUCUAUGGGUCGACAUAUCGGACUAAGGGUUUUGAUUUAACUGAUGACUCUUGGUCGAGAUUUGAUCAUGAAGUGUUCAUAGAAAAUGGCGACUUUGUCCACGAGGGAAACUACUGGAGUGACUCCGAAGAUCCCGGAGAAUACAAUGACAACAUGUCCAGCCCACAGGAUCCGGAUUUUGACGACUACGAGAGCGACAGCUCGAGCCAUGGACAUCAAUAG